AUGCGUCUGUGUCCCUCCCCAGAGCACUGGACGUUGUUGUUGUGUGUGUUGCUAUUCAAUGCCAUGGGCUGCAUCCAGAGUAUCAGGUGUAAGCCCAAAAGUUUCCGAGACAGUAUCGUGGUCCUGGAGGUCAACGCCACCAUCGACGCCAACCCCACCAGCAUCGACGAGUCCUCCGCCGUGGUCCUGCGGUACCGGACCCCCCACUUCAGAGCGUCCGCCAGGGUCCUAGUGCCCCCUGUUAGCGGCAAAGACACCUGGACCAUCGGCUGGAUCCAGGCCUGUAACCACAUGGAGUUCUACAACAUGUACGGGAGCAAAGGCAUGUCGAGUUGGGAGCUUCCUGAUCUGCGCGACGGCAAAAUCCAAGCCAUCAGUGACUCGGACGGCGUGAACUACCCCUGGUACGGGAACACCACCGAGACCUGCACCAUCGUGGGCCCCACCAAGAAGGACAGCCGCUUCACCGUCAGCAUGAACGACAACUUCUACCCCAGCGUGACGUGGGGGGUCCCCGUUAGCGACAGCAGCGUGCCUCAGCUCAGCAGCAUCCACCGGGACCAGAGCUUCACCACCUGGUUGGUCGCCAUCAACCAGGCCAGCGCCGAGGCCCUGGUCCUGCAGACGGUCCGCUGGAGGAUGCGCCUUCAGAUCCACGUGGACCCAGAGAAACCGCUGGGUCAAAGGGCUCUUCUCAAAGACCCCGUAGUCCAGGAACAGCCUCAGGUCAUGAGCAAGAACGAGCCGAUUCCGUCCAACGCCAUGGUCAAACCCAACGCCAACGACGCACAAGUGCUGAUGUGGCGUCCGAGGAGCGGGGACGCCGUGGUGGUGAUCCCUCCCAAAUACUGA